CUUACUUCCUUAACAGCGAUUGAUUCGCUUUGUGUUACUUAUGAUGUAUCAAUCAGCCUCAGCUUGCUUUGGCACUGUCGCAACUCUACUUUUUCACUUUAGUGGUUUUGGUUACAGGGAGGUAGUCUUUGAUGAUAUAUUAGUGCUUACUAGUUUCUACAAUUUUCGGAUUGUUAACUGUUUCUUGGACAGUUGGACUACCUCCCCUAUUUUGUUUUACCAUUUCAAAAAAAAAAAAACAUGUUUUAUUUCCUUGUUAACCUUUUAUGCAAUGGGGGCGUUUGUUUUGGGGGCUUAUGCAAUCGCCUUUUAUAUCACUAUGUUAUGAGAUGUUUGUGGUGACUUGUUCUGUUUAAUGAUAUCUCACUGUCUCCAUUUUGUGCAGGAACUUCUGAUUGCUUUUUCUUUGAAAAUGAUGGCUACUCCAACUAAACCAAUGGCCGUAAUGUUGUCUGAAUCUUUGGAACACAAGGGAAAGGAUAUCACUGAAUUAAAUGGUAACAUACUUCAAUCCCCUAUAAGUCAACAGCCCCAUAGCUCCUCUGAUGGUUCAGUAGCUAUUCUUUGGGACAUCGAAAACUGUCCUGUUCCAAGUGAUGUCCGCCCUGAAGACGUAGCAGGAAAUAUAAGGAUGGCGUUGCAAGUGCAUCCACUAAUUGAAGGAACUGUUAUGGUAUUUUCUGCUUAUGGUGACUUCAACGCUUUCCCUAAGCGACUUAGAGAGGGAUGUCUAAGAACUGGUGUUAAUCUCAUUGAUGUUCCUAAUGGGAGAAAAGAUGCUGCUGAUAAAGCAAUCUUGGUUGACAUGCUUUUAUUUGCUCUUGACAACCCUCCCCCAUCAUCUAUUAUGCUAAUAUCUGGAGACGUUGACUUUGCCCGAGCACUUCACAUUCUUGGACAACGGGGAUACACUAUAAUUCUUGUCAUCCCUUCUCGGAUGGGUGUUUCAUCUGCUUUAUGCAAUGCCGGAAUGUUUGUCUGGGAUUGGCCUAACGUUGCUCGUGGAGAAGGAUUUGUUCCCCCUCGUGGAGGUUCAGUUGAGGUUGCUGGAUAUUUGAUGGGGUGCCAUAUUAAUGACAACUUGGAGGGACAAAAUGAGGAAGAAGCAAUAGUUUAUAGAGGGAUGUCACAGAGAUUAUAUAACUCAAGGGAUUUCUCUAUGGUUUCACAAUCUCUAUCUGAAUACAAUUAUACCGCAUCGAACAUGGCUGGCUUACUGACAACUAUGAGAUCACACAGCCUUCUUCCACCUGGGAUGAUUGAUGUUUCAGGAAUAUCUAUGCCUUCUAGUGACAAUAAUGAAGGCCAGCUUUGGGGCCCUAUGUCUAGCGAUUUAAAUGUUCUCAAAGGCCAGUUGGUAAAGUUGCUUGAACUUUCUGGAGGGUGCCUGCCUCUGGCUCGAGUUCCAACAGAGUAUCAGAAAGCUUAUGGAAGAACUCUUUAUGUAUCUGAUUAUGGAGCAAUUAAGUUAGUCAAUCUUUUCAAGAAGAUGGGUGAUACAAUGGCAGUGGAAGGGAAAGGUCAACGUAAAUUUGUGUAUCUCAGAAACUUCAAGAAAGACAAGAAAGGAAAGGGGCUUCCAGAGGAGAAUACGAAUACUGUCGCCGGUGGUGGCUCUUCAGAUGAGUUCUCAGAUGAAGAAAGACUAGUCAUGGAAGAACAUGAUGAGAGCAGUCAAAGGAGAGCAGCUAUCAAUGACCGUGCUCUUGAGCAGUUCAAGUUCGAGCUUCAAGAGAUUCUAGUCAGCUACUCGUGUCGAAUAUUCCUAGGUUGUUUUGAGGAUAUAUACCAACAAAGGUACAAGAGACAAUUGGAAUAUGAGAAACUUGGAGUGAACAAGUUGGAGGAUUUGUUUGAGAAAGUCAAUGAUAUUGUAGUAUUGGUUGAGGAAGCAGGAAGCAAGAGGAAGUUCCUUGAUCCAGUGGGGGGUUAGAAUGCUAAAGCAAAUUGUUGCCUUGUGUUUCUUGUUCUUUCUAGCAAUCCCAUCCUUAUUCUAGUUUUAUUUAUUUAUUUUCCUUCUAUAUAGUAAAGAUGAUACGCUGGGAACAUGUGUGUAUUUUUUAUUGUCACUGUCCCGCAUGUAUUUUGAAUCUGUAUUAAAGUUUCCUUGUCUUUAGUUCUUGCCUCUGCAACCUACCAGCUACUUGGA